UACACUUCCCAGCAUCCUUUUCCGCUAUUACGGUCUAACGUUUUCUUGGACAGACGCGGCUGGUUUAAGUUGCUAAACCUGAAGGAUGAACAGUGGUGUUCUCUUGAUUUUCGUUUUUCAUUUAAAAAUGUAGCGUUUUCCGUGUUAUAUUUUAAUUUAAUUUGUUUCAUGUCGUGAUUUGCUUUGUACAAAACUUGGAGUUUUAUCCUAAGCGUAAUUUAUUUAGCCAACUUUCUGUUAGUUAGCUAGCUAGCUAACGUUCGCGUCCCGUCCUCCCACUUGUUGCAGGAAGGAUUUAUCAAAACAAUGCCCCGAGCUGCGAUUUAUCGGGAUGAAAACGGCUUCAUUCGUGCUUUGGAGGUUUGAAAAUUCAUCUCUGGUAGUGAAACGCAAAUAUGAACAACUUACGAUGCAUCUACGGAACGUUACAUGCACCCUGUGCACCAAAAGUUGACAUUAAUUCAAUUCGCAAGCGUUAUAGUUAACGGGUUUGUUUGAGUCCUCGUCGCGGUGUUUGGUCGGGAAACUAUGGAAACGUCCAGCGAGUCGGAGUCGCUCGGCAGGAGCAGGGGACCCGGCCGGUCGCGAGGACGCAGAACCGAGAGGAGCAGCGGGAGUGGCAGCGACGUCCGGGCUGCGGACAUCAGUCAGAAGAUCAGCACCCUGGCGAACACCCUGCAGGACACCAGCAGAAACUUGACCAAAGUGGACCGGAUGUUGGGUCAGUACCAAGGCCACACGGAUGACCAGGCUGAGGCCAUGGCACUGCUCAGAGAGAACCUGGAGGAGUCCAUCAAUCAGCUGCAGACCAAGAGGCUGAGCAGAGUCAAUGGAGUUUGCAGUCCGUCUGCUUCCACUCUGCAAACCAGUGAUCUGGAAGUUCACUCUGAAUCAGGACAGAGAUUUUACCCAACAUCCCCGCUGAGGGACAACCGUCACCUUCCAGGAAGGAGGAGGAGGUCUCAGUCUGCUAAUGUUCGCUUUAAGGACUCCGGUGUGCCCACAGAGGAGAUUCACGCAUUCCACCAAUCCCUACGAGACCUGUGCUCGGAUCACCAGAGACUGUCUGAUGACCUGGAUAGAGAGAUCCUCAGGAGGAACAGGGCUGAUAUCGACACCCGCCGGGCGAUGGAGAGCCUCACGGAGCACAUGACCGCCUCCCAAAGACUAGACUCCGUGCCGCGCCGCGUGGACCGCCGCCUGCAGGAGCUGGAGAGAGAAAUGCUGCGCGGCGAGCAGGAGAGGAGGCCGGAGCAGCGUGAGGCGGCGCCUGACGGGCUGCAGGAGGCUUUAGGAAGACGCCAAGUCCAAUCACGUGAAGAUGAAGCCACGACCGCCAGGCUGCUUCAAGCGGAGAGGGAGAAAUACAGGAUGGAGCAGGAGUUGGAGAAAGUCAGGAGUUUGCUCCAACAGUCAGAGGAUAGAAGGGAGUCGCUAAUGAAACAGGUGGAGGACGCGCGCGGUGAGCUGCUGCAGAGAAGGGCGGAAAGACCCGAAGCUGCCAGGCCACGACUGGAAACCCCCCCGCUCGGCGCUCAGCUGCACACCGCCCGCUUCGACCACGACGUGGGAAAAGAUCGCGCAGACUUGGAGAAAGAGCUGCUGGAGCUGCGAGCUCAAGUGCAGACGGCGUCCGUCCUGGGCGAGGUUGAAGAACUGAAGAGAGCUCUGGACUGUAAGGAGAAGGAGAGGCUCCAGCUCAGCUUACAGGUGAAGGAAUUGUCGUCCGACUUUGCGAGGCAGGAGGAGCAGCAGCGCAGGAUGCUGGAGCAGCUCCGAGAGCUGCAGAGCCGAGGCCUGACAGAGAAGAGACAAAUGGAGGCGCUGCUCCAGGAGAGCGCGAAGAGCAGAGACGACCUGAAGAGCAGGGCUCAAGACGCCGUGCGGCAGUGGAGGGCGAAGUGCAGGAGGCUGCAGAAGGAGGUGGAGGAGGCAGCAAAGCAGAAGGAGAGCUCGCACGCUCAGCUGAAGGCUCUGAGCCAGCAGAGUGAGUCGGCCUGCAGGGAGCUCACCGAAGUCCUCGGCCGUUUGGCGCAGCGGGACGAGGAGCUCCACCGCAGGGAGGUGGAGCUGAUGGAGGCUCGCCAGCGACUUCUGACUUUGGAACAGGAAACCCGUGAGGUGAAGGAGGCCUCCGCUGCCUUGGAACAGGAAGUUCUGCGUCACGCCGCCGUCCAGUCCAGACUAAAGGAGGAGAACCAGACGUUAGAAGACCGGCUGGAAGCACAAACGCGCCGAUCUCAGAGGGACCAGGACCGGCAGGCGGAGCUUCAGGCCUCCUUGAAACAGGCGACAGCCGCCAACGCGCAGCUAUUGGAGCGGCUGGCAGAGGAACAGAGCGCCGUGAAGGAGCUGAAGAGGAGGAACUCCGACCUGGAGGCCAAGCUGACGGCGCUGCAGGUGGAGCGGGCCGCGCUGGGCCAACAGCUGCAGCUGGAGAGGGAAGCGCACCGGAAGGACCUGGAGAGCGUGGAAGACGGCGUUAAGAAAGAGCGGCGAGCGCAGGAGGUGCUCAAACUCUGCCGCCAGGAGCGGGAUGAACUGAAGGAGCAGCUGAGAGGAGUUCAGGCAGAUGCAGCAUCGGAUAAGGAACUGCGCGACGCUCUACAGAUCAAGUUGGACAGGAUGAAGGAUGAGUGCGAUAAGCUGGCGGCACAGCUGAGCGUAGAAGAAGAGAGCCGGUCCCUCCUCCAGAGGAAACAGCAGCUUCUCAAGCAGCAGCUGGAAGACAGAGCCGUGUCUGGUAAGCAGACGCGUGAGUCUGAACGUCUGGAGAACAAGAUGCUGCAAAUAGAGGCCGACCAGGAGGCGGUUCUGACGUCUCUGGGUGAAGAACUGGACGCAGCGUGCCGCAUCCUGGCUAAGAACGAAGAAAAACUACAAGCAAUCUACCAGAGACCUGGAUUAGUGAGAGAUCCCCACCGCUGGUUAGCUGAGACAAAGACAAAGCUGCGCUGGCUGUGUGAAGAGGUGCGAGAGCACGACGCCAAAGCCCAGCGCUGGAGGAAGCAGCACCAGCAGACCAAAGAUCAGCUGAAAGCCCUGCGGCAGAGCCGGGACGCGGAACAGGCCGUUCUCCUGCAGCGCCUGCACCAGCAGGAGAAGCUGCUGGAGGCGUUCAGCGCCGAGAAGAAAGAGCUGCUGGAAAAGAGUCGGAGGAAGGAAGACGAAGCGAGAAGUCUGCAGGAUCGAGUUUGGCAUCUGGAGAAGCAAACCAGAGUAAACCCGGAUCAUCUGGAGUCUCUCCAGGAGGACAGCUUUCUGAUUGAACGUUUCAAAGACUUGGAGGCGUCGCCGCAGAAGGAGCUCGUGGAGAAGCGCUACUCCAAACACAGCGAGGUGGUCCGGGAUCUCCAGGAGCAGCUCGACGAGUCCAAGCGCCGAAUGCAGGAGUACAAAGAAGAGAAGUUGGACGCCACCUCCAGGAGCUUGAGACUGGCCGCUCUGUCCUCCUCCAUCAAAACGGCCAGAUCCGACUCUCAUUAGGAGCCGGAUUUUCCUGCAUUUAUCUCAUCUCCAGCGUGAGGAGGCGAGGGCAGCCGCCACGCAGCGACGGUAAACCAACUCCAGCUGUGAGCCCGGGCAGCGCUGACUUCACGCAGCGGGCUUUUACAUUCUGCAUAAGAGCGUCUCGUUAGCUCAUUUAUCACCAUAACGUUAUAAAAAAAGGAGAAGGCUUUUGCUGUAGCAGCUUCUUUAAAACAGGGACAGAUCAGAGGAGCUUUACUUGUUUACUUGUCAAUGACCUCAGGCGCAGAACCGACCCGAUCCCUCCAAAACCGACUCACCGCACACUGAAGGAGACCAAACUGUGACAUUUUAACCUUAUUUAUAAGCACUUUUAUCAAAUGUAGUAGUUCCACUGUUCUAUUUCAAUGUGUCUGUGCUAAAUUAACGGAAGGUGCCUUUUAAAUGUGGAUUUUUUAUCUUUUAACUUUGACUAUUAAAGUUAUAUUUUCGUCGAAUGCAGUAAAAAGAAGCUAAAAUGUUUUUUUUUAUUAAACUUUAUUAAAAAGAGCACUACAAAUAAAUAUGCAACUGAACACUUU